AUGAGCUUAGAAGACGGCCUCUCGGACAAGAGCGACCCGCCCACGCCCACGGCGACCUGCGUCACCAUGCGCACCGCCUUUCAGGAGAAGGAGCCCGCGGAGCACGACGACCUCGCAUGGCGCAUCAGCCAGGACCUGAACCCGCUCAACUGGCCGAAGGGCCGCAAGUGGCUCAACCUGGGCAUCAUCGCCUCGCAGGCCAUGAUCACGCCGAUAUGCAGCAGCCUGCUCGCGGUCAGCGCGCUGCAGAUCGACGAGGAGAUGCACGUCACGAACUCAUACGUGUCUGCGCUCCCCGUGGCGAUGUUCCUAUUCGGCCUCGGCCUUGGCCCGCUCUUCCUCGCGCCGCUGAGUGAGAUGUUUGGGCGGAGGGUUAUUUAUGUUACUUUCUUUGGGAUAUUCUCUCUCCUGAACGUCGGUUGUGCGCUCGUGCAUAAUAUGGCCGGUCUGGUCGUCCUGCGCUUCCUCGGGGGCUUGGCAGGAAGUGCUGGGCCGUCCCUUGGCGGAGGAACUAUCGGAGAUAUGUUCAAGCGUGAAGAACGAGGGGGCGCUCAAGCAGUGUACGGGUUCGGGCCCACGUUUGGUCCAGCAAUUGGAGGCCUCAUCGGCGGAUACAUCUCCAACCAUAUCGGCUGGCGCUGGCAGAUGUGGAUCAUGGCCAUUGCGGGAGGAGUAACUACUACGGCGUCCUUUUUCUUCCUUCGGGAGACGUACGCUCCUUAUCUCCUUGCUCGCCUGCAAGGGAAGCGGUCCGCGCCCACCACCAUCGGCUUCGCCCGCAGCAUCACCCGCCCGCUCCGCAUGCUGUUCACCGCGCCCAUCGUCACGACGAUGAGCGUGUACAUGUCUGUUAUCUACGGCAUUCUGUACCUGCACAUCAUCACUAUCCCGCUGCUUUUCGGCCCCUUCCCUCUCUAUGGCCUGUUCACGUACGGAUGGAAGAACGGCAACGAUGGUCUCGCGUAUCUGGGAGCAGGUUCCGGGUGCUAUCUGUCGAUCGUGUUCUGCCUAUUCACGUUGAACCGGACGUAUCGCGCGCUGUGCAAGAGAUAUGGCACGCAGAAGCCUGAGUUCCGCAUGCCCGCCAUGCAGUUGGGCAUGCUUAUUGUACCCGGUGGGCUCUUCAUGUAUGGAUGGGCGGCAGAAGCGCAGGUGUAUUGGCUGGUGCCCCUGAUCGGCGCAUGCGUCUUCGCGUUCGGCAUGAUGAUAACUUACAUCAGUAUCCAAACCUACCUAGUGGAUUCCUUCCAGCAGUACGCCGCGUCCGCCCUCGCAGCCAUUAUUGUCUUGCGCUGCACAUUCGGCGCCAUAUUCACCAUAUUCGGCACGAAGCUAUACGAGAAACUCGGAUAUGGAUGGGGCACGAGCCUCCUCGCGUUCAUUAUCAUCGUCGCUCUCCCUAUUCCAUCGGUGCUCUGGGUCUUCGGAGAGAGGAUUCGUGCACGUCCAUUUAUUGCAUAA